GAGAGAAAGACAGAGAGAGAGAGAGAGAGAGAGAGAGAAAGCAAACCUGUCCUUUCCCUGUUACCCUGCUAGCUGACAGCACAAUGUUUGACUCACAUAAGCUGAAGAAAAUAUUUCUCAGUGUGUCGCUUCUAAUGGCAUGGUGUCUGCAGGCUUGUCUGCUUAUUUCUGCUACUUGGCUGCAAUAGUUAAAUUGUUUCUGAAUGACAAAAAAAUCCAUACAGAAUUUUCUCAUUCACUGUCUCUGGAGAUUAAUAACCUGAAAGCAGCUGUUUUAUCACUGACAGAAACAAAGUUAUUUUCCUUCAAAACCAGUUAAAGAGAGGAUAUCUAAAUAUACUCCAGCAAGCAUGGUAUUAGCAAAAGUUUGGAAAAUCUAAGUGUGCUGGGUAUUUGAAUGACUUCUGUAAUACAGAAAAAGUGCUAUCUUAGAGACCAAAGUAAUAAGGUCCAAAGAUAUGAACCACCUAAAGAUGAGUGAAAUACAGUUAAUAUGCUGGAACACUACCCAUGACUCUCAUAACAAGUCUUGGAUGUCCGAACACAAGUUAACCAGAACUGCUGAAACCAUUAUUCUUCCUUCUUUUAUUGGAGUGAUCUGUUCAACUGGAUUGAUUGGAAAUAUCCUAAUAUUAAUUACAAUCAUAAGGUCCAGAAGGAAAACAAUUCCAGAUAUUUACAUCUGUAAUCUGGCAGUAGCUGACUUAGUCCAUAUUAUUGGAAUGCCGUUCUUAAUUCAUCAGUGGGCUCGUGGAGGAGCCUGGGUGUUUGGUAGUGCUCUUUGCACAAUUAUCACAUCUCUGGAUACCUGCAAUCAGUUUGCAUGCAGUGCAAUUAUGACAGCUAUGAGCCUAGACAGAUACUUGGCACUUGUUCAUCCAUUUCGCCUGACUAGCUUGAGAACAAGAUCAAAGACUAUCAGAGUAAAUUUAUGUCUGUGGGCAGUUGCAUUUGUACUUGUUCUUCCUGUAUGGAUUCACUCCAAAGUCAUCAAGUUCAUAGAUGGAUUGGAAAGCUGUGCAUUUGACUUGGCGUCUCCUGAUGAUGUGUUAUGGUAUACACUCUAUCUGACUAUCACUUCCUUCUUCUUUCCGUUGCCACUGAUUCUGCUCUGUUACAUACUGAUUCUCUGUUAUACUUGGGAGAUCUACCAGCAAAAUAAGAAAGCUGGAAGGUAUAAUACUACAAUUCCAAGAGAGAGGGUCAUGAGACUAACCAAAAUGGUCCUUGUGUUGGUCGGAGUCUUUUUACUCAGUGCUGCACCACUUAAUAUUAUACAGCUGGUUAAUCUUCAAAUUGUCCGGCCAUCUAUAAGAUAUUAUGUGUGCUAUUAUAUCUCUAUAUGCCUCAGUUAUGUCAGCAGUGGCAUCAACCCUUUCCUCUAUAUAGUCCUCAGUGGAAAUUUUAGAAGGAGAUUGACUGGAUGUAGAAAAGUUAAAAUGAAGCUGACUGAACGGGAAAUUAAUAAUAUUGAAACAACUCUAAAAUCUAGUUUCUGAUUUGUCCAGAAAGAUGGGUUAAUGUUUGCACUAAACUGGUAUUUAUGAACUGCAGGAGUACUGCAGGGAUUGUGGUAUUAAGCACAUCAGUAUCCAUAUACUUGGUGAACUGAAUUAAAUAGGACAAUCAAUGUCCCUGUAACUUAUUGCAAGUGUUCUUUUGUUGUUUUCAUUCACUCUUUGUAUAUAAUGUUCUGUUACAGUGCAUGUACUAUAAAAAAGAACCAAAACUGAUUGCAUAUUUUAUUUCAUUACAAACAGGUAUCUACCAUUUCAUUUGUGAGUGUUGCUUAAAUUAAUGAAAUUGCUAUAACAUUUUUAAAAAUUUCUGAGUGUGACAUUAAUUACAUAUAUAUGUAAUUCUUUUGGAACAUGUUUAAUAAGAUGUGGGUAUUUUUUUCAUUAUUUCUUUUAAGAAAUUAAAUAGUUCAACUGGGAAGGAAAGAGUGUCUUCAUUUCCUUGUAUGCCACAACAUUGUAUUUAUUUAAUUAUUAAGUUUAUUAACUAAUGGAGUGGACUAACACAUAGCAAAAGCAAUUUUACUACAGCCUGGACUAUGAAGAGUUGCAUAGUGUAAAUGUUAACUAGAACAUUGUUGUAAAACAUAAAUUCUUACAUGUACAACAAUUUCUGCAUACAGUUGCAGUUGCUGAAUUAACUAUACAUAAUUGUUUAUAAAUAUGUGGAAUUUACAAGUAAUGUAUAAAAUUAUAGAGAAAAGUGUCCAUAAAUAACAAAUAUGUAUUUGACUGAG